AUGUUCGCGCAACAGUGGCCGAGUAGAAAGCGCGAAAGAGAAGAUGAGGAUGAACUUGGUACAUCAGGCUUUAGUGCUCACAGAAAUAAACGACACAUAGCCAAUUUACCCCAUCGAACCUCACCACAUGCCAAACGUCAAAUUGCACCCACUUUUACAUUAAAUCACUCCACUCCAGCGCCGCCCGUUACCACUCCAUUGGAUUCGGACUCGGAUAUAACUCCCACCAUUAUGGAGCCGACCAAUUCUUUCUAUUCAUGGUCGUCAUCAUCUUCAUCGAGAAAGAUCAUACAAGCCCAUGAUGAAGAGGGGAUGCACAAUGGAAACCAAACGUCCUUUUCGAGUCAGGUUUCGGAAGGGCCAAUUUAUUCGGAUGAUUUUGAUAUGGCUGACAGUGGCAUACAUUCAACUCCUGGACCAUUCCAGUCAGAUCAUUCUAUGACUCUAGUCAACCGAAUUCCCACGCCGAUCCAUAGUUCCUUCUCGGCAUAUUACCGAUCCGAUGAACCCCUUCACUCCUCUCUCUCCGAACCCAAUCUUACUGACGAAGCAUUCAUCGACCGCUUCCGCCGUGGUCGACGCCUACCUAGUCCCAUCAGCGAGGGAGAAAUAAGUCCUAGUGUCAUCGUCGACGGAAUCAAUGAUAUGCAAAUGGAAGUCGAGCCUUCCUUUUCCUCUUCUGAAUUCGAGAAAGAAAUCACGGCUCCGCACAAGAAAGGUCACACUCGCUCUAAACAUAGCUUGCGGAACUGGAAUGGAUCCACUGGAGAUCUCAUGGGAAAUUUAAAUGGAGUCGGGAUGAAGAAGAGCUUUAGUAUGGGCGUGGCGUUUAGGGGUCUCGACACUCUCUCAAAGCCAUUGAAUGAUUUGAACCUCUUCAAGAUUUCCCUGUAUUCAUGCCACAGUGACAAGAACAAAUAA